GAAUGAUAGGAUGCCUCGUGCCUUUUUCCUUUUGAAAAUUUCCAUCUUCCAAAAGUCUAGUUUACUUUAUAUUUAGCCAAACAAUUAAAAGAACAACUUGGUCUACAUAACUUGAUUAUAGUUUAAAAAUUGAAUUGUAAGGGUGAUGUAGCGCAAGAAACAUCUUACACUUUUGAACUCUGAAGAGGCUUGAUGUACGCAGCUGUAUAUGCCUAUAAAUGAGAUACACUUUCUGUCUCCCAGGACACAAAACCAGCCAUGGACAGUGCUAAUUGUUUCACUUAUCUGCUUUUGAUCUCCUUUCUCUUAGUGGGUUCUUGGUUUUGUGCCAUUGGAGCACAAAGAUCUGCUCCUAUAGUGAAUGGUCUUUCAUGGACAUUCUACAAUUCUAGCUGUCCUAAAGUGGAAUCGAUCAUCAGAAAACAACUCAAGAAAGUGUUCAAGGAGGACAUUGGACAAGCUGCUGGCUUGCUUCGUCUCCACUUCCACGACUGCUUUGUGCAGGGAUGUGAUGGAUCAGUGUUGCUUGAUGGAUCGGCAAGCGGACCAAGUGAGCAAGAAGCACCUCCCAAUUUGAGCUUGAGGAAAGAGGCAUUUGAGAUCAUCGAUGACUUGCGAGAGCUGGUGCACAAAGGGUGCGGCCGAGUCGUGUCUUGUGCUGAUAUUGUUGCUAUUGCUGCUCGCGAUUCUGUUUUCUUGUCAGGUGGUCCUGAUUAUGAUGUUCCUUUGGGAAGAAGAGAUGGAUUGACCUUCGCAACCAGAAAUGUAACGUUGGCGAGCUUGCCGGCACCUACUUCAAAUACCAGUUCGCUUCUCACAUCGCUGGCCACCAAAAACUUGGAUGCCACCGACGUGGCAGCCCUCUCCGGUGGUCACACCAUCGGCAUUAGCCACUGUAGCUCUUUCACAAAUCGCCUUUAUCCAACCCAAGACCCUGUAAUGGACAAAACAUUUGCUAAUAAUCUCAAGCAAAUCUGCCCAACAACAAACUCCACCAAUACAACCGUGCUUGACAUUCGAUCCCCUAAUACAUUUGACAACAAGUACUACGUUGAUCUCAUGAACCGUCAAGGUUUAUUUACUUCAGACCAAGAUUUGUACACAGAUUCCAGGACAAGGGACAUUGUCAAGAACUUUGCUGUUAAUGAAACUUUGUUCUUUGAACAGUUCGUGGCUUCCAUGAUAAAGAUGGGGCAGUUGAGUGUGUUGACGGGUGGUAAUGGAGAAAUUCGUGCCAAUUGCUCAGUGAGGAAUUCUGAUAACAAGUACAUGGUGAGUGUGGUGGAAGAGGAUUUGGAGUCAUUGUCUGAGCUGAAAUGAGGAAGUAAUUGCUUUAAAUUUCUAAUAACAAAGCUUCCUGUGGUUGGGCUUAGGCUUGCUUAUCUAUUGUGAAUUGUUAUCAUGUGUACUAAUCUAUGAACAACUAAUGUUGCUUCUUGUUAAUAAAAUAGUUGCUUUCCUCUGUUUGAAUUGA